AUGUUUCAGAGUAAAAUACCGCGGGCGACACAUCUCGAUUUUUCGAACAAUUUGAUAUCGAUAAUUCCAACCGAGCUAUGCUAUCUUACGCACCUCACGAAGUUAGACCUCAGCAAUAAUCGCAUCAGCUGUUUACCGGAUGAAUUUGGCAAACUGGUUAACUUGGCACAUCUUGAUCUUUACAGAAACGAAAUUGAGGAGCUUCCGCUGUCUUUUGGUGAGCUUUCUUCACUGAGAUGGCUUGAUCUGAAGAAUAAUCCUCUGGAAACGGAGCUAGCAAAAGCGGCCGGCGAUUGUUCCGAUGAGAAGGGUUGCAAGCAAGCGGCCAUCAAUGUUGUGAGACUUAUGCGUGCUCGUACCGCUCAACAUCAACGUCUCAGCGAGAAGCAGAAGGCCGACACAAUGCGUAUGUAUAUUAUUUUUUAG